GGGGCGGGGCCUCCGCGUCAACCCUGCUAGAAAAGGCGGCGGGGCCGGCCCACUGAGGUGACAGCUGCGCCAGAACACAGCCAAGCCGGACGCUGCCAUGAGCUCCGCCCUCUUCAGCCUAGACGGUCCGGCGCGCGGCGCGCCCUGGCCCGCGGAUCCUGCGCCCUUCUACGAGCUUGGCAGGGCCGGCAAGCCGGCUCGCCUGACCGAGCCGAGCGCCUCUGCCCCCGCCAUGUACGACGACGAGAGCGCCAUAGACUUCAGCGCCUACAUCGACUCCAUGGCCGCCGUGCCCACCUUGGAGCUGUGCCACGACGAGCUCUUCGCCGACCUCUUCAACAGCAACCACAAGGCGGGCGCGGCGGGCGCAGCGAGCGCCCUGGAGCUGCUGCCUGGCAGCCUCGCACGAACUCCGGGCACCGCAGCCCCGCGACCACUGAAGCGAGAGCCCGACUGGGGCGACAGUGAGGCGCCGGGAUCGCUGCUGCCUGCGCAGGUGGCCGCGUGCGCGCAGACAGUGGUGAGCCUGGCGGCCGCGGGGCAACCAACACCACCCACGUCGCCGGAGCCGCCGCGGGGCAGCCCGGGGCCGAGCCCCGCGUCCGGCCCGAGCCCCGCGCCGGGCCAGGCCCGGGAGAAGAGCGCCGGCAAGAGGGGCCCCGACCGCGGCAGUCCAGAGUACCGGCAGCGGCGCGAGCGCAACAAUAUCGCGGUGCGCAAGAGCCGGGAUAAGGCUAAGCGGCGCAACCAGGAGAUGCAGCAGAAGCUAGUGGAACUGUCGGCCGAGAACGAGAAGCUGCACCAGCGCGUGGAACAACUCACACGGGACCUGACCGGACUCCGGCAGUUCUUCAAACAGCUGCCCAGCUCGUCCUUCCUGUCGGCCGCCGGGGCCGCUGACUGCCGGUAACGCGUGGCCCGGGGAGACUCACCAACGACCGAUACCUCAGACCCGACGGGCCCGGAGCGAAGCGCGCCCUGCCCGGAGAGCCGUAAGGCGCCGGCUGCAGUUUCUUUGGGACGUGUGAGUGAAAGGAAGCUCCAGCCUGGACUUGGCUACCACUGAACUUCGAGAGGAGCUAUACAUGUUUAUUUUCCCUUAAAUUAUUUUUAUAAUGGUAGCUUUUUCUACAUCUUACUCUUAUUGAUGCAGCUAAGGUACAUUUGUUAAAAAAAAGACUUUUAAGACAGCCCUUUGUAUUGUAGAUAAAAGGAAAAGACUGAGUAUGCUCACUUUUUUAUAUUAAUUUUUACAGUAUUUGUAAGAAUAAAGAAGCAUUUAAAACCA